AUGGAGGAAGACAAGUUACAAGAAUGGGAAACGCGGGCAUCUGCACUCGUGAGCCGCUUUCCCGACGGCUCCUUUUUUCCGCUCUGAGAAUGUAGUGUGAAGAAAUUUUGAAAAGAAAAGAAAAGGCGUUGGGACGGCUCCCGUCGCUGCUUUUUCUAUUUCUCACCGUUUUUGAAGUUGAAGACGACGAGUGCAAUUGAAUUGAGUUCUUCUGCUUCCUCUCUUCUUCACCGCUUCGCUCUUUUUCUCCAAGUCUUGGCUGGUUUUUGUGUGUGUCUGAACGUGUCAAGGUUCCAUAUAACUGAGAAGAAGUUUCAAAAAUGGAAGAACAGUGAAGAUCAGAAUCAUCAACCCAGAAGGGCUCUUCAGGAACUACUUGGUUGCUAUCGUCGACGGCCUCUCCUACAUAGCCUACAGUGUUCGUUUCUCAUUGAACGAAGAUCUCUGUAGUUCCUAUUGCUAUAUUUGCUUUAUCCGAUCGAAAAUAAUGCAUUGGAAAUUUUCAGCUAACAAAGAAGGUCAUUUUAAUUUUUGGCUGGGAUUUUCCUGCUUGAUUCCCUAGUUUUUUGAGAAAGGUCAUCUCCAAGUCAAAGAAAACCUUCAAAAUCGGUCAAAUAGGCUAUUUCCAGGCUUUGAGCUGUCGUUUCUCGAAAAUGUGGUUGUUGUGGAGGUUGAGACUUUCAGGACCUUAAUUUAGUACUCAGAGGAUAUUCUGACAAAUUUUCAGAAAAUUUCCAACCGCAAAGAAAAAAGACCUUUCUUGGGAAAAAAAAAAACCCCUGGAGAAAUCCUUUUCAAGCUCGUGGAUCUCUCAAGAGAUCACUCAGACUGGCUGAGGAAAAAUCAUCUCCUAUGCUGAAAUCAUUCAGUAUAGCGAAAAAUUAAACUUGAAGAAGAAUGGGUCUCAUUAGAAAGUUCAGGAGGUGCUUCCAAAUAGCAGAAUCUCAUCACUUUCAAAGUAAAACGCUUUUUUAGAUGCCGACCGAGUUCUAUCCAUUUCUUUUUCAUUAAAAGAUAUUAGCUUUGUUUAUUGUUUGCAAAAAAUUUUUCUCUGCUCUUUCUUUUGCAUUUGCAGUAUAUAGUCCUGUAUUUUCAUGUGUACUUGGUUUUGAAUUACAACAAGGGCUCUGCUCGGGAUGGAUCGCUAUAACCGCAUAACUCGUCUAAACUAAACUCUCUUUUCAGAUGAAAAAAAACGUCAAAUGUACUUUAUACUCUGACUUGGCUUGCACGUUUUUUUGGUGUUCCAUUAAAAGUUUGCUGAAGUUUAGAGAGCUUGAAAAAGCGAGCACGCGUGCGCAAAAUAUUAAAUGUAACAUUUUUCUUUAGUGUUCAAAGCUAGGAAACGACAAUUAACAACUUUACGGGUUUGGGUGAAUUAAAAUCCACUUUAUCAAAAUAAUGGGUAUGAGAAGAAGUUCUGGAUUCAAUUUUCAGUAGCACAGACGUUUGUUAGAAUAUUUGAAGUAAUUAGAUGAGAAUAACUGAAAUUAAAAUAGAAAUGUGGGCGUGGCGGGCCUGCAAAUGGUUGACGUUAUGUGUUGGAAUCUUUUGUAGUUCUUUUUUUUUCUCGGAUACAAUUUAUUUGUGCGUAUUUGAAGGGAGAGAAAUUUAUGAACGCUGUCAACAAUGAAUUCUUCUGAUUUUUAAAUUUUCAAAUUUCGGCUCUGAUCAAAAAUCACUAAUCUUCUUCUGUAUCACUAAAAGAUCUCAUACACUUUUUUUCAAUAAGAAAUGCCAAUUUUUUCAGAGUUCAAUGGUUAGAAAUGCCUUUUUUGAUUGCACUCGAUAAAACUUUUAACAAGUGUAGUUUCGGAAGAGUUCCGAAAUGCAGGGAUACUGCAAAGCUUUGGGAAAUAUUGUUUACUCUUCCAAUUUUCAACGAAUCUUUCUGUUCUUGACACUAGCCUUGGUCAGAACGAAUUCGAAAUAAUUUUGCGAAUUCGGGAAGUUUUUUUUUGACUUUCUCUUUCGUUUCAUUUUCUUCUGAAAAGUUGGAUUCCAGGUGGUGAUGUCUUGUCGGCGUUCUGGGCCUGGCACGAUUUGUGGUCGUUCCUCAUCGCUCUCGGCGCUUUCUCUGCCUUCUGGGGCCUCAUGACUUUUUUGUUGUCCGGGGUUCGCUUUUUUCUUCUUUUACUAGUCGUAUAUGGGUCUUUUUUCAGUUUACUUGGUACGUGGAAUCCCUUGGAAUGGUUUCGCUGUUGGUCGAAGCGAGUUUGGGCUCGCCGCAGUUGCUGCGUAACUUCCAACGGAAAUCAACGCAGGGCAUGAGGUUUUUCAAUCGGAUCUUUCAUUCAUUGACGAACUGAAGAGGAGGGUCAUUGCUAUGUACCGUUAGGAACUUUUUAUAAUAAAAAAACAUUCAAGUUCUAGAUACCCUACAUUAAAUACGCAAACCCAUCAUUUUUAGAUCAUUUGUUUGAGAAUGGUUAUUAGUAAACUUCGCCCAGCUAUUCAUUUUUUUUUUAAUUUGUGAAAAUACAACUUCACUGAUAUAACUAAAAAAUUCUCAUCAAUUUCAAGGCGAAAAAGCUAUUCGCAAUGUUAAACUGCGAUACUUUUAUUUUUUUUUUCAAUUAUAAUGAAACUUUCUGAAAAUUUUCAAAUUUUUUUUAUAGUAUUCCUAUGGUGAUGGCGUGGCUGUGCGGAGAUCUCGCCAAAACGGGCUAUUUCGUGGCUACGGGCAGUCCUGUGCAGUUUUGGGUCUGCGCAAUCUUACAGGUGAUUUGCCAAAAACAACAAAAAACGCAAUAUUCAUUUUCAACAUUUCAAAAAAUUUUAAAUUUCAACGAUUCAAACCAGAUUUUGUUACAGAUCACAAUCGAUAUUCUCAUCCUGCUUCAAGUUUUCAUCUACCGUAAAAAUACUGGCAGCGAACUUCCGUACUCAAACAGUGGUGCAGCUCAUGCUACCAUUGACUAA